UGCAAUGCCAUGUUAUUUCUUCUAAACGUAAACAGACUAGGAUAGGUUUCGUUUGAUUGGCUAAUCAGGGAGGAAAGCGACAAAGAUUUUUGUUAUUCUGAUUGGUUAAUUAAACACUUUGAAACUUUCGUGGCAUCAAACGGAAAGCACAUCCUAAAUAUUUAAAUCUAUGAUUUGAUUAGUCUAUGAUAUAUAUUGAAAAUCGAAUAAUCAAAAAUCAAAACACCUUACAAGUUCGUUGUCACCUGCGGACGGGAACGAACGUAUUUUGACACAUUAUGCGUGUGUUCUUUGUUUGGGCUUUAUUCUUGGAUUUUUAUAUUUGUUAAAGGCUAUGUAAACAUAACAGUGCAAAAAAACAUUUUCAUUUAACGCCACUUCUGAUGACAUUAUACGAAAGGUUCUGGUUGUAUUGACCCUCGUUCGAGGCAGUUCGAGGGCAGUUCGAGGGCAGAAGCCAUUUAAGAAAGAAGAAGAAAAAAAGAAAGAAAAUACUUUACAUAUAUACAUCGUCGAGGAUUGUCUGUAAUAGUGGAGUUGAUUCUUUUACUUCAAGACAUUUUUCAUACAUUUAUACACACAUACAUUCAAUAAGAUAAAGUGUUUUAUCUUACCAGUGUGGCAAAGGAGUGUUCGAGAAAUAUUUCAAGAUGGUAAAAAGGAAUGGACUUUGGAAGCUAACACAGCUUCGAGCAUUAAUGAAAAAUGUUCAAGUUGGUGGUAUUAGAGAAAAGGGCAUCCAGGCUUUAAUCGUUAAUGGAGAGGAUGCGCAUCAAUCAGAAUACUCGACUGAGCGAGAUCAAAGACGACGUUUUAUCAGCGGAUUUCGCGGUUCUUAUGGUACAGUCGUUGUUAUGCAUGACAAAGCAUUGUUGUGGACAGAUGGAAGAUAUUAUGCACAAGCUGUGUCAGAAUUAGAUCCGUUAGAGGAGUGGACCUUAAUGAAAGAAGGUUUAUUAGACACACCUACUAUUGCCGUAUGGUUGGCUUCAAAUUUACCUCCAAAGUCUAUAGUUGGAGCAGACGCUAAUCUAAUAAGUUAUACAGAAUGGGCACGAUUGCAUACCGGUCUAACUACUGCUGGUCAUUGUCUAAUUCCUCUUUCUGAAAACUUGGUAGAUAAAGUAUGGGCCGAUGAACAACCAGCACCUACGGCCAAUGUAAUCUUGCCUCAAUCAUUACGAUAUUCAGGUCAAAGUGCAGGAGAUAAAGUAAGAUUAUGUCGCGAAGCCAUGAAAGAGAACAAUGUGACAGUACUUGUAGUAACUGCAUUGGAUGGGAUUGCAUACUUAUUAAAUUGGAGAGGGUCUGAUAUACCUUUCAACCCUGUCUUCUUUGCGUAUGUUAUUCUCACUCUAAAAGAUGUACAUGUCUUUGUAGAUAGAAGUAGACUUAGCCAAGAAGCAUUAGAGCAAUUAAAAAACGAAGAUAUCGAUCCAAUUUUUCAUGCUUAUACAGAUAUACAUGUCUAUAUGAAAGAGCUCGUAAAUUCAUGUACAGAUCAAGAUAAAAUUUGGAUUAGCAAUAAAUCCAGUUAUGCAUUACAUGCGGAUUGCGGAGAAAUCAAGAAACAUACAGAUAUUACACCUAUUAGCGUUAUGAAAGCGAUAAAAAAUCCGAUUGAAAUAACGGGUAUGAAAGAGGCACAUGUGAGAGAUUCUGUCGCUCUCGUUAAAUAUUUUGCUUGGUUAGAAGACAAGAUCAAGAAUGCAAAAGAGCACGUUACAGAAAUUUCAGGUGCGACGCAACUGGAAAAAUUCAGACAGCAGCAAGAUCAUUUUGUUGGAUUAAGUUUUACGACUAUAUCAUCUAUUGGUCCUCACGGAGCAGUUAUUCAUUAUUCACCCACGGCAGAGACUGAUAUGCCUAUCACAGAUAAAGAACUUUAUCUUUGCGACUCUGGCGCACAAUAUCAGGAUGGUACGACAGACGUAACGAGAACUCUACAUUUUGGCGAACCCACGAUUUUCGAACGUGAAUGUUUUACUAGAGUAUUUAAAGGACAGUGCCGUCUUUCGACAAUGAUAUUUCCUUUAAAAACAAAAGGAAAUUACCUUGACACAUUGGCACGUGAAAGCUUAUGGAGUGUUGGCCUUGAUUAUCUUCAUGGUACUGGUCAUGGAGUAGGAUCCUAUCUUAAUGUUCACGAAGAGCCUAUCGGUAUUACAUGGAAGCCACAUCCAGAUGAUCCAGGUUUACAACCUGGGAUGUUUUUAUCGAAUGAACCAGGAUAUUAUGAAGACGGAAAAUUCGGUAUUAGAUUGGAAAACAUUGAAUUAGUUGUUUCUGCAAAGACACCUUACAAUCAUAAAAAUCGAGGUUUCCUUACUUUUGAAACUGUGACACUUGUACCUAUUCAAACCAAUCUGCUUGAUGUAUCGAUGCUUACAGAUAAGGAGAUUGAAUAUUUAAAUAACUAUCAUGCGAAAUGUUUGAAGGUUUUGAAACCUUUGUUACAAGGAACAGAAAAUAUUCAGGCACUUAAAUGGCUGGAAAAACAAACCCUUCCUAUUUCUCACUAAUCGUUCUAUAAUGUCAAUUUAACAAUUUUUAUAAUAUGUUUUGAACUAUAUAAAAUCUUUUGAGAGGAUAUGUAGAAUAUAACAAACUUGGUUUAAAUUAAUUAAUAUUUUAUUAAGACAGCAAAUAUUUGUGGUUAGUAUACAUAAAAGAAACAAAUAUAAGUAAUUUGUAUGCACACAAAUGACAAGGUAACGCAUUAUGAUAUAUCCAUUGAUAUAUGUGUGAGCUUUUCGAAGAUGGAUAUAUAUGGACAAGGAACAAGGAACAAAUAAUGAAA